AUGCCGCCGCUGCUCCACAUCCUGCAGAACGUCAGUCAUCCCGGCGCGCUCGAGCCUCUCCGCCGCUUCUACGACGGCCCGGCAAGCUCGUUCCGCGUCUUUAUCGACGACGCUUGCGGCGCGCCCGGCCCCGACUGGCGGCGCACGUGGGCGAGCCCGCGGCAGUGGGGCCUGACCGGCGAGAAGAACUGGGCGACUAAGUACGCAGCAGCGGGCUUCCUCCCGCGCAUGGUCGAGCAGAGCCCCUUUGUCACGCCCGACUGGCGUGCCGCCAGUGCCUCGCUCGUCGUGCUCUUUGCGCGCAGCUACGCCGGCGGGCCUGCCCUGAUGCAGCAGCAGUGCCUGCAGCGGCUGCGGCAGAGGAGCGCCGCGUGGCGCGCGACCAACGGCUCGCGCCACUUCUUCAUCUUCACCGACUCGCGCGGCCCGCGCUGCCUCGACGGCUGCCCAAAAAGCACGCCAAACAGCCUGGACGUCGGCUUCCUCAACCACCACGUCAUCGGACCACACGGCGAGCCGCGCCACUGUGUUUAG